AUGGACCCAUUACAAGUACUGCCAUCUGAGCUAGUGCUGCAGUGUCUGGAGCAUUGCCAGCAUGACUUUCCAGCUCUCUCCAGAGUAUCUCGCGACUGGCAUGAAUUACUGGAGACACCUUCCUUAUGGUGGUCGUGGCUGAAUCGUAUCGAGGACCAAGUCAAACUACGGCUUCCAAAAGAAUACACCGUCCCAGCCUCGGUCACCAACUCCCCAUCACGGCAAACACCAAAUCCUAACGAACCAGACUCCAAAGCUGGCAGCAGCACCAGCUUUCCUACUACUCCUACCACGCCAGCAUCCGUAGUAGCCGCCCGACACGCCCUAAAGAUUAAAACACCUGAGAUAUUCGAUCAUCCCAAAAAAUGCUUUCGGGAACUCCUCGACCUCUCAUCUAGACUCCAACAAGAACCAAUUUCCUUACUCAUGACGGGUAUAGAAGCGUCUACUGAAGACGGUGGAGGAGCAAAUACUUGGAGUCAGGAUAUAUCACAAACGUUGAAUGAAUCACGACAUACUUUUUGGUCGUCAAAGGGGGCGCAGGAUCCAUUGUCGAGCGAGUAUUUGGUGUAUCAGAUGAUACAGCCUGCUUGCAUCGUAACUGGGGUUAGGAUUAUUCCGUUUAGAGCUGCUUUUCAGAGAAGGUUGCCAACAUAUGCUCCUCGAUAUUUGACUAUACGUAUUGGAUAUCAUCGAGAUUCGGAAUGCAUGGCUUUUGUUAGCAAGGAGUUCAAAGUUCGAAAUGUUAAUGAAUGGCAGUAUUUUCCUGUAGGACCAUUUGUAGUAUCUGGCGGAUACAUUCGCCUUGAAAUGAGAGGACGAUAUGAAACUCAACCUAGUGAUGACCUCUACUACACCGUACUACAACAGGUUGAGGCUGUUGGAUAUCCAAUAGGUGCUCUACAAGGCCAACCAAACAUUCAAGCUGCCCUCUUCAAACUAGCCACCUUUCAUCGCACCAACUGGCUCGAAUGGGACUCGAUCUUCCACCGUCGUCAUUCGUCAACAAGCAUCCUCAAACUCCUCGAACGAGCUGCAGCUCCCCUCCUACAAUCACAACGUAAACAAUCACUCAUGAGAGCAAACGUUGAACAACUCAUUAUCGAUGGAGAUUGGGAAUGGGCGUGUGAUCUAGUGCUUACUGAAGAAGACGGUGUAGCGUUACGAACCGAUGCGUUUUUGAAACGGUUUAAAGGAUUAUGUGAAUCUCGAGCACGAGUGCUUGAAUUCUCAGAUGCUGAAAUGAUUUGGAAUCAUUAUUUGGGUGUUGCUGUUGCGAAGGCUAUCUUUUUGGUUAACUUUGAAGCUAUGGAGUUGGCUCGAAAAGCACUCAAGAGAAACUCGUUUACGCAAUUCUGGAAUCUGAUUGUGUCUAGACGAGCAGAGUGUAAUGAAGAGUUAGGAGACUUGUUCUUCCCUGUCGAACCUCAAUUCGCGGCUUCAAUCUACUUGCGAGGCCAUGUCUUUGACAAGGUCUUGGAUUGCUUGAUUGUAACGAAACGAUAUACAGAUAUUAUACAACAUAUACAAACAUACGUCGGCACACCCUCAGAAGUAACAACAUCAGAAGUCAUCGCCAAAAUGAUUACCGUGCAUUCUCACUUGGAAGCUGUAUCAUUUUCAUGCAUCCUCCUAAAAGAGGUGCCCGCAUUCUGGAACCAAGUGUUACGGGCUCUUGAUGUUCGUCUACUAGUUGCUAAUCAGAAAGUGACUGCCGGAGACACGACUUCAUUGCUAGAAGUGUUGACGCCAUGGGCUCAAGCCAAAGAUUUGGCGAGCAAGGAGCAAGCAGAAGAAGCACCAUCAUUGUCAUUGUCUGCAUCUGUUGAAUCCCUCUCUUUAUCAUAA